AUGUCUGAGAGGAAGUCCAGUCAGCGGUUUCACAGCCUGAACGCCGAGCAGGUGGAGGUUCUCCAUCAGGUUCUUUCGGAAGUGGUUCCCAUCCACGGCCGCGGGAACUUUCCCACAUUGGAGCUGCGUCCUCGAGACAUCAUCAUAGCCGUUCGAGCCAGGCUGCAGAAGCAGGGGAUCACUGUCAGAGAUGUCCGUCUGAACGGCUCCACGGCCAGCCACGUCCUCGUCCGAGACAACGGAACCAGCUACAAGGACCUGGACAUCAUCUUCGGGGUGGAGCUGCCCAGUCAGGAGGAGUUCCAGGUGAUCAAAGAGUCGGUGCUGGGCUGCCUGCUGGAAUGCCUGCCGGCUGGAGUCAACAGGGAGCGGAUCAGCAGCGCCACAAUGAAGGAGGCCUACGUCCAGAAAAUGGUCAAAGUCUUCAAUGAGCACGACCGCUGGAGCCUCAUCUCUCUCUCAAACAACAGCGGCAAAAACCUGGAGCUCAAAUUCGUGAGCGCGCUCAGGCGGCAGUUUGAGUUCAGCGUCGACUCCUUUCAGAUCAUUCUGGACCGUCUCCUAGAGUCCUACAUGCAGCAGGAGUCGCAGCACAAAAUGAAUGCUGUUCUGGCAGAGAGCAUGUAUGGUGACUUUGAGGCAGCCAUGGACCAUCUGCGCUACCGCCUGAUCGCUACCAGGAACCCAGAGGAGAUCCGGGGCGGCGGUUUGCUGAAAUACAGCAACCUGUUGGUCAGAGAUUACCGACCGGCCAGCGAGACUCAGAUAAAGACACUGGAGCGCUACAUGUGCUCGCGCUUUUUCAUCGAUUUCCCCGACGUGCAGGAGCAGCAGCGCAAGAUCCUGUCCUACUUGAAGAACCACUUCAUCGGCGAGGAGAGGAGCAAGUACCAGUACCUGAUGACGCUGCGUCGCGUUGUGGACGACAGCACGGUGUGUCUGAUGGGACACGAGAGGCGCCAGACGCUGAACAUGAUCACGGUGCUGGCGCUGAAGGUUCUAGGAGAGCAGAACAUUAUACCCAACACAGACCAUGUGACGUGCUUCUACCAGCCUGCCCCGUACCUUGCCGAGCACAGUGCCCCCUACCUAGCAGAACCCAGCUACUGCAGCUACUACAUACCACAAGGGGGGUCGACUCUGCUGUACCAACCAUAUCCAUUACACCUGCACCCGCAGACUGGACUCGUCUAG